UUGGUGGAAUGUGGAAAUGGCGGUGGUGGCCGAGGGGGCGGCCGGAAAGCAUCUGCGGGGUCUGGCGGAUUUUCACAGCCUUCAGAGUUUCAGCCCAGCGUUCUAGGCCGAGAAAAUUUUCACGUCUUACCCGGCUCCAUACCCAGGGCGUCACACCGUUCGGCUCGUUGCUGCAGCCAGAGUCUGCUUGAUGGGCACGGCUGGGAUGAAGAGUCCGAGCCUCGGGGACGGCGGAGCUGCCCCCGCGGUCACCGCUAGUGAGCUCCUAAGCCCAGACCGUCAGUGUGACCUCUGCGAGGAAGAUGUUGCUGUGGGAUUGGAAAGAGUAGGAGAAGAUGAGAAACAAAUGACGAUAAAAAGGAGCAGUGAGUGUAAUCCCCUGCUACAAGAACCCAUUGCUUCUGCUCAGUUUGGUGGUACUGCAGUGACAGAAUGCCAAAAGUCUGUCCCAUGUGGAUGGGAAAGAGUUGUGAAGCAAAGCUUAUCUGGGAAAACAGCAGGAAGAUUUCAUGUAUACUUUAUCAGCCCACAAGGACAGAAGUUCAGAUCCAAAACUUCACUUGCUAAUUAUCUUCACAAAAAUGGAGAGACUUCUCUGAAGCCAGAUGAUUUUGAUUUUACUGUACUUUCUAAAAGGGGCAUCAAAUCAAGAUAUAAAGACUGCAGCAUGGCAGCUCUGACAUCCCAACUGCAAAACGAAAGUAAAAAUUCAAACUGGAACCUCAGGACACGAAGCAGGUUCAAAAAAGAUGUGUUUCCUCUGCCGAAUAGUAGUUUGGAGUUGCAAGACAGCAGAGGACUACCUAACUUUAGUUCCACUCAUUUGCAAUUGGAAGAAGGUGAAGGUAUUAAUGAUGUUAACUUCAGAAAGCUUAGAAAGCCCAAAGGAAAGGUGACUAUUUUGAAAGAAAUCCCAAUUAAGAAAACUAAAAAAGGGUGCAGAAAGAGUCUUUCAGGUUCCACUCAAAGUAAUAGAAAAAGAGAAUCCAUGUGUACGAAAGCAGAUGCUAAAAAUGAGCCUGUUGCACAGGAAGGUCAACUUGAUAGAACGUUCUGCAUUUCUGACGCCAGAGCCAGCAACGAGACCCUCAAUGUGACCAGUGAAGAGAAGAACCUUAUAAAAGAAAAAUCAUUGAGUUCAGGAUCAAGUUUUGGUUUUGAACAAAUAACUUCUGGCACCAUAAAGAAAUUACGUUCUACCAAAGAAGCGGAACAUGAUGAGAAGUAUGAGGAUACGUUUUCAGAAUCUGAAGAAAUCAGAACAAAAGUAGAAGUUGGGGAAAGGAAGGAACAUUUGCAUAUUGACAUUUUAAAAUGUGGCUCUGAAAUGGACAACUGCUCACCAACCAAGAAAGGCUUUACUUCUGAGAAAGUAUUUCAAGAAGACACCAUCCCACGAACACAAAUAGAAAAAAGGAAAACAAGCCAAUAUUUUUCCAGCAAAUAUAACAAAGAAGCUCUUAGCCCCCCACGACGCAAAGCCUUUAAGAAAUGGACACCUCCUCGAUCACCUUUCAAUCUCAUUCAAGAAACACUUUUUCAUGAUCCAUGGAAGCUCCUCAUUGCAACUAUAUUUCUCAAUCGGACCUCAGGCAAAAUGGCAAUACCUGUACUUUGGAAGUUUCUGGAGAAGUACCCUUCAGCCGAGGUAGCAAGGACUGCAGACUGGAGAGACGUGUCAGAACUUCUUAAACCUCUUGGUCUCUAUGAUCUUCGAGCAAAAACCAUUAUCAAGUUCUCAGACGAGUAUCUGACAAAGCAGUGGAAGUAUCCAAUUGAGCUGCAUGGGAUUGGUAAAUAUGGCAAUGACUCGUACCGAAUUUUUUGCAUCAAUGAAUGGAAGCAGGUGCACCCUGAAGACCACAAGUUAAAUAAAUAUCAUGACUGGCUUUGGGAAAAUCAUGAAAAAUUAAGUCUGUCUUAAAACUCCUUGAAGUUUUCAAACUUGUCUUUUAUGCAUUGCUUUGCACUUCAGUUCUUAAGAGCUCCCAUUAAGCACAACCAGCCGUCUUUCCAGCCAUAUAGAUUUUAAUUAGCCUGAAAGAUGCCCAGUUGUGUAUCCUGUUGAUGUGUGUGCCACUGGUGGAUCUUUGUGACUGAAUGUGCUGGAAUAUAUUUUGAGAUUUUUUUAAAAAAAUAAAUUGUUAUUUGACAA